AUGUGUGAACAAGCGACCUCAUUAGCACAAUGGAAACGGUGUCUAGCAGUGCCGUCGUCGUGGAAGAAAUACGUCCGUGGUAGCGAUACUUGCAAGCAAGCAGGUCUCCCUCGAGUUCUUCCAGAUGUUGUACGGACCACCAGUAUUCACAGCGAACAAACCAAGGAGGGAUUUAUUACCCUUGAACGUCAAUCAUUGCCCCUUUUUCUUCGGGAGGAUGCUGGCUCUCUAUACGACAGGCGGCCCUCAGUUCCGAGCCCGACAUUAGCUGCUACCAAAGCGUAUCGCGCUACAUUCAAUAGGCCUUCUUCGCGUCCAUUUGAAUCACUCGAACGUCAGGUCAUCUGCGCUGCGUCAUUUCUUGGAUCUGCAUGCGCCAUUUCAUCGACCAGUCAUAUCCUGCUCUAUUUCUUAGAUGCGGUUUCAGAUGAGGCAAACAGUUAUAAAUACGAUCUUAUAUAA